GCACCUCCAAAAGCCAUACCAAAGACUAUUGAAAAUCAGAGAGUGUAUGAUGAAACAACCGUAGAUCCCAACGAUGAAGAGGUUGCUUUUGAUGAAGCAACUGAUGAAUUUGCACCAUACUUCAACAGACAGACAGUUCCCAAGAUUCUUAUUACAACAUCAGACAGACCUCGUGGGAGAACAGUGAGAUUCUGUGAACAACUGUCUACCGUUAUACCUAACUCGCACGUCUACUAUCGAAGAGGACUGGCUUUGAAAAGAAUUAUUCCACAGUGUAUUGCAAAGGACUUCACUGAUUUAAUCGUCAUUAAUGAAGAUCGCAAAAUACCAAAUGGUCUUGUUUUAAGUCAUCUGCCCGAUGGUCCAACUGCUCAUUUUAGAAUGAGUAGUGUCCGUUUGCGUAAGGAAAUAAAGCGAAAAGGGAAAGAGCCCACAGAACACGUACCUGAAGUAAUCCUGAAUAAUUUUACAACACGACUUGGCCAUUCUGUUGGUCGCAUGUUUGCUUCUCUCUUCCCACAUGAUCCUCAGUUCAUUGGAAGACAAGUAGCUACAUUUCACAACCAGCGAGACUACAUCUUUUUCAGAUUCCACAGAUAUAUCUUCAAGAGUGAAAAGAAAGUGGGGAUUCAAGAACUUGGGCCACGUUUUACAUUAAAGCUGAGGUCUCUUCAAAAAGGAACCUUUGAUUCCAAAUUUGGAGAAUAUGAAUGGAUUCAUAAGCGCCGAGAAAUGGACACAAGUAGAAGAAAAUUUCACUUAUAAGGGACAGCUAUGUGCCAGUUGCUACUGACCAGAAAUACAACAACUGCUUUGAGCUAUGGAUCAUCUCAGGCUCCUAACUAAUGAUACUGAACAGUAUCUAUCUGCAGAAAGACAAAUUGCAAACAUUGAAACUUUCUACAGGAGCAGAUCAAGUAGGAUGGCACCUUUCUUCCUAUGUUUGUAGCUAAAUCCAGCACGACAAGGACAGUGACUUUUCUUCCAGUUUGGCAGGAAAAACUAUGGCAAUGUCAGAGCAGCCUGUAAUUUACCUAUCACUGAAGAUUUGCCAUGACUGCUGCUGUGCUGUAGAGAUAAAUUACACUUUGCAACAUCAAAAACAGUAAAUAUUUUGGUUAGAGAUAUUCUCAUAAUAAAGUAUUUCUAAUUAUACA